GGUUUGAGGGAUGGAGGAAUGAUCGAAGAUGGCGGCCAUGGCGGAGGUGCAGAGACGAGCCCUCGCAGAAGCCUUCGGCGCCUCCUCCUCCGACGACGACGACGGUGAAGUAGGCUAUGGCGAUGGCGAUGAUCAUCGGACUCUUGGUCGGGAGAAAAAGCUCGGCGAGAUGAUUCCCGUAUGGGAACCAAUCUGUGAAGUCAAUGGCCUCUGGCUUUGCCGGGAGUUUCUCUCUGAGAACGAGCAGCACUGGCUCUUAUCAUCCAUCCGCAAAGAAGGGUGGUUCAAUGGAGGUUCAUUCAAUCAGGCAAUGAGAUUUGGGGAAAUUCCAGAAUGGGCAAAAGAACUUGCUGGAUUUGUUCGUGAGGCUGUGUGUUUUAGCACAGUAGAAGAUCAGCCCUUGCCUUCGGAUUUGCUGUGGAGGGAACCUCUCUUUGAUCAGUUGAUUGUGAAUGUCUAUGAACCAGGUGAGGGCAUCUGUGCUCAUGUGGACUUGAUGCGCUUUGAUGAUGGAAUUGCCAUUGUCUCUCUAGAGUCUACAUGCGUGAUGCAUUUUACAAGGUCCAAAGAGGAGUCUGACAACAAAGAGUUGGAAGAAGAUCCUUCCCAGAGGGUCCCUGUUUUACUGACUCCAGGAUCGUUGGUUCUCAUGUCAGGGGAGGCACGAUACCUAUGGAAGCAUGAGAUAAACCGUAAGCCAGGAUUUCAGCUGUGGGGAGGAAAAGAAAUCCAACAAGAGAGGAGGACAUCUGUAACUUUAAGAAAGCUCCACCCACAGCACAAUUCAGGCUGAAUUUCCUGAAGUCAGUCUGGUACGUAGGUUCUUUUUCUGUUGCACUCAAACUACAAAGUAACUCCCGCUGGAGAUAUUCUUUCGAUACAUUGAUUCGCUUUGGGAACAGAAUGAAAUAGUUGUUCUACUAUAAUGUUAAUGACCUGCAGAGUCGAUUUCUUCAAAAAAUAUGUGGUAGAAAAAACUCUGUUGGUUGCCUCUUCAUAGGCCCUCAGUUAGUACUCUUGAUUUGAUAUAUGAUCAUAUAGAAAGAUUGAUCAGUCUACCUAGUGAUUAGAUGUUCUGUUACAAUAUACCUUUGCUGAAUGACUAGUUUUUGGUCUUUUGUUUUUAACUCAUAGAUAAUAUGAUUAGAUGAUUCAUGUGCUAUUUAAUUCUCUCUGAUGUUUGAUCUUUUAGAUCGUCUUGUCUGGCUUUAUUUCAUAUGAAUGACAUAGCUACCAUCUCUCUACCUGCACUAUGGUAGUUUUAUUUCUUUGUUUGUUGUCAUGAAGUAAUUUGCCUUAAGUUCCAUAUAGACUUGCGGCUGGC